UUGCAAUCGAGAGUCGACGCCAUCACUGUGUGAAGAAUCAGUCCUUGUUUCUAUCUUCCACCGCUUCAUGGUUGGUUCCGUUGGGGGCCUCGAUGAUUCCUUCCUCCUGAUGAAAUAAGUGCCAUCUGCGCCUUUUUGAUCCACGGUUGUCGUCCACCACGCAAACUGGACUGAACUGGAGCCCCGGACACUCGUGAACCCCUUCAUCUCAUACCCUCAUUACUCACCAUGGCCAUGCACCCGUCGCACCACCAUCUUCAACCGUCACAUCCCCUCAAUCCAUUUACCUCUAACAGUCCUGGCUGGCCAGGCCCGUCGUCCUCUCGGGCUGGGGCCUCUGGGACCAGCACUCCUACCCCUUCCACUUACCUGAUGCCUACCAGUCCUGCCAGGAACAUGGGGGCGAGAGACGGCUGCAAACCUCGGAUUCUCAAGACGACCGGGCAAAAGCCUGCCUGUCUUGUCAAUGCCUCGGUCACCUAUUGCGGCAACAACCAAAUUUACGCCUUUGGCGGGUUUGAUCAAUUUACCGAUGAAGUCUACAAUCACGUGCUUCGGCUGGAUCUCGACACGCUAAAAUGGGCGCUAGUGGAUAAUUACGGAGACAUUCCUGGCGUUCGAAUGGGACACUCAGCCUCGCUCUAUCAAGGUGAUAAACUUCUGGUCUAUGCUGGGGAAAAUGAGCAUCGCGAGUAUCUCUCCGAUGUUGUCAUCCUCAACCUCAAAGACCACCACUGGACUCAACCUGAAGUCCGCGGCCCUGUGCCCAAAGGUCGCGCUCGACAUGCGGCCGUCGUCUACGAAGACAAACUCUUUGUGGUUGGUGGUCUGACCGGAGAAGCAAACUACAUUCUUGAUGACAUAUGCUACCUGGACCUCAAAACCUGGACCUGGUCCAAGACAUGGAGUUUUGUGCAGCGAUUUGACCAUAGCGCCUGGAUAUGGGGCGGGCGCUUGUGGGUCCUUGGCGGUCUGGGAGCAGACAUGGAACGACCCUCUGAAAUCUGCUGGCUGGAUUUGAAGGGCAGUCCAGCUCUUACCGACUCAGGGAGACAGUUCUCCUCUAUUGGUCGCAGCACUAUCGGGCGACAAGACGCGUGGUUGAACCCUCCGAGGCCCGACCGCAUUGACACGUACGCCGCCAACUCUGGUAGCGUACACAUUCGAUCAUCGAAAAGAGAGAAGCCGACGGCGCCGGGUGCGAUAUCGUCGUUGAAGUUUGUCUCGGGUCCGCAUGUUCCUCUUCAGUCAGCCGGAACCCACUUCCACGUCUGUUCAUCUGGCGCUCUUCUCGACUUCAUCACGCCGGCCUCCAACAUUCGCCAGAACGACUGCAAUCUGUCGUCUCUCGAGCUGGACUCGUUAAGAUGGCAACGCCUUGUCGAAGGUAAUGAACUGUUCCAACCUGGGUACAAAUGGCACUAUUGUACUAUCAACGAAGACGGCACCAAAGUGUGGCUGUUGGGAUCUCCAGCUGACGAAAUCGCCGGUGGCAACCACGAACUUCAUUUGAGUGAAGUUCUUGCUGUUGACCUAAAGCGCUACGGAUUGCUAGGAGAUGAGGACCGGACUUCUACAUCGGAGCAAUCGCGAAUCCUUGCCACGGAGCGGCAGACGACUCACAGUGCCACAUCAGCCGUGUCCAACAGUCUUGGUGCUGACCUUGCCCUGAUACUGGACCAACCGCCGGACAUGAACAGCAUGAGCGACUUUGUUAUCACCGCCCAGCCUGAAGUCAGCGAUAACGAAUCAGUCAUUUCGGAGAGCGAAUCUCAAGGUCGCUCACCGCUGAAUGGGAGUGGGUCGCAGGCAUUUUCCUCGGAAGCCACCAAUGUCAGCCAGCCCAUCCACGUGCACAAAAUCAUCCUCUGUGCGCGAUGGCCACAUUUCAAGCGACUGUACAACUCCAAGAUGAUUGAAUACCAGACGAAUCGUCUUCAUAUCCCCGAGCCGUAUUCGGUUGUCCGUGCGUUUCUGUACUAUAUUUAUGCUGACUCGAUUGAGCAACACCCGGUUUUCUGUCGGAAUCUCACCGAUGUUGCUGGGAUGCUUGUGAUGGCUAACCUCUAUGAUAUGCCCAAGCUUCGUCUGUUGUGCGUCAACCGGCUUUCACGGGAGAUCGACGUGGAUCACGCCGCCAUCAUCUGGGAGCGAGCCCGUCGCACUGAUGAAGAAUGGCUUGAGGAGCGGGCGGCCAAGUUUUGUUUGACCAACUGGGGGCGGGUAGUCCGGACUGAAGCAUUCCGUGGGUUGAGCCGGCAUAGCUUGAUGGAACUCUGCGAAAUGGUGGACAUGGAGGGACGAGUUGUUGGCGGAGAAGAACUAGAUGAUGGCAGUAUUAUUGACGCUGGUCGAUAUCGCAGGAGAAGUCAUCGACCCAGUGAAGCAACCGACGAUGCUGAGGGAGAUGAGGAAGAUGGCAUGGAUAUGAACUAGGGAUGGCCAUUGACGAGUUGACUGGGCCGGUGUGGCCGGUGUGUUGUAUGCAUCGACAUGAAAUAGAGGUUGUUGGGACAAAGGUUCCGUAGUGUGCAAUAUUCUAGCAUGUAGGUAUUAGCCAGGUAGGGGUCAGUGGAGUUUUGAGAUUCAUUACUGUAUGCUGGGACCUGGACCUUCCGUGCCUUGACCACGUGUGGCACCUGCCGACUUCUGUUACUACAUUAUUUCUCUACAAAUCUCAUUUGAUUAC